UUAACUUUGUAGGACAAGACAAAGACAUUCAGAACCUCUGUCACACUUAUCGAGGACGAUAUGUUGUUCUCAACAUUAAGAACAAACAGCAGAUCCCAGAACUGUUGAAUCAUGUGGAAAAGAUGAGACCAGACAAAAACAAACAAUUCUGUUACACAACAUCAACAUUUCUAUUUGGAAAAAUGGAUCAAAUUUCACAACAGCAGACAAAAAUCAUUUCUCUACAGGAGGAGCUUAAUGAGAUGAGGUCAAAGGUCACAGACACUGGUGAUGAUGAGAACAUGAACACAGAGACUCUCAGGAUUGUCCUGAUAGGAAAGACUGGCUGUGGAAAGAGCUCAUCAGGAAACACAAUUCUAGGAAGGGAAGAGUUUAAAGCUGAAUCAGCCCAAACGUCAGUAACUACAUACUGUCAGAAAGCACAGGGUGAGGUGGACGGUCGUCCUGUUGUUGUGGUCGACACUCCUGGUCUCUUUGACACAACUCUGUCAAAUGAAGAAGUUUAUGAGGAGUUGAUGAAAUGUGUCAGUCUCCUGGCUCCAGGACCGCAUGUCUUCCUGCUGGUGAUACAGAUCGGCAGGUUUACAGCAGAGGAGAAGGAGACACUGAAACUGAUCAAGAAAUUCUUUGGGAAGAAUUCAGAAAACUUCACCAACAUUCUUUUAACCAAAGGAGACGAUCUGAAAGCUAAAGAGACCAUUGAUGAGUACAUUGAUAAAAAAUGUGAUAAUUCCUUCAAGAAACUGAUCUCUGACUGUGGAGGAAGAUACCAUGUGUUCAACAACCGCGAGGAACAAAACCGCACACAAGUCAGCGAGCUGAUAACGAAGAUUGACACCAUGGUGAAGAAAAAUGGUGGCGACUACUACACCAAUGAGAUGCUGCAAGAGGCUGAAACUGCGAUACAGAAAGAAAUGCAGAGGAUCCUGAAGGAGAAGGAAGAAGAGAUGCAGAGAGAAAGAGAAGAACUUGAAAGGAAACAUCAGGAAGAAAAGAAGAGCCUGCAAAAAUAUGGAAAACCUCAGGAGGCAGUGAUGGAGGAAUCACUCAGGUGUAUCUCCCUCUGUGAUCCUGAGGGUGUCCAUGCCUUCAUCCUGGUCCUACCUGUGGCUCCCCUCACUGAUGAAGACAAGGAGAGUUAG